AUGGAUACCUUAAGUAAGCAGCACGUGUGUCAGUGUGCCAGCAACCUACUUUGGCCAAUGUUGUUCCAAGCAAUUGGAGUAAAUACAAACGAGCAAAUGAUGGAAAAAUCAAGUGCAUCUCUUCAUCAAUGCAGUAAAAACAUCAGCAAGGAUGGUAUGAACGGAGAAGCGUUCAAGGAACGUUCCAAGCGCAUCAAAAUAGUGCUGAGUCCUCAGUACGAAACAGGGUAUGCAGUGAAUAUGCAUUCGCUGCGUCUCUCGCAGGAUUGUGUUAAUGGCGGAAGUUUGGCUGAACAGGCCGGUUUGCUGCCUGGCGAUGCUGUUCUUAAAAUAAAUGACGUCGAUGUUUUCAAUCUACGUCACAAGGACGCUCAGGAUAUUGUCGUGCGUUCAGGCAAUAAUUUUGUGGUUACAAUUCAAAGGGGCGGCUCGACAUGGCGUCCACAUGUCACUCCAACCGGUCAUGUACCACAACCAAACCAAAAUUCACCAUAUUUACAGACAGUGACGAAAACUUCUCUAGCUCACAAACAACAGGAAUCCCAACACAUUGGCUGUGGCUACAACAAUGCAGCGCGUCCAUUUGUCAACGGCGGUGAUGGCAGCGUUAAGAGCAUUGUCAAUAAACAAUACAACACCCCAGUUGGCAUUUACAGCGAUGAAUCUAUUGCGGAAACACUUUCGGCUCAGGCUGAAGUUUUGGCUGGCGGUGUCCUUGGUGUGAACUUCAAGAAAAACGAAAAGGAAUAUCAAGCCGAUAAAUCUGAAGUCUUGAAAUUCUUACGUGAAGAGGAGACUGGACAGUCUACACCAGAGCCACAUAGUCCAGCCAAUUUCUAUUGGACUCACAGUCAUGCCAUUGGCGGUAAUGAACGCCGCUCCACCCGCGAAACAGUUCAACAGGAGCAGGUGCAGAAGACGACCGAGAAACGUGUAAGUACUUCGCUGGUGCAGAGUAAGGUGGCGAGCUCGUCAACUGCAACAACCGUUUCAGCCUCCAAUGUCAGUUCGGCUGCGGCAGUUGCACCUGCUACAGUUGCAACUCCGUCCGAAAAGCCCGAUCCACGCAUUAUUAUGAUGCCGGUGUGUCCGGCUUUGCAGGGACCGGAAUACAAGGCGGAAAUGGAAGCAGCCGCUGCAGCUUUGGCACAUGACGAUGGCCAAAGACCAUUGUCCGCAAGCGGACAUCCGGCCUGUCAGUUGUGCGGUGUUGGAAUUGUCGGUGUCUUUGUACGCAUCAAGGACAAGAAUCUUCAUGUUGAAUGUUUCAAGUGUGCCACAUGUGGCACUUCCUUGAAGAAUCAAGGUUACUACAACUUCAACAAUAAACUCUAUUGCGAUAUCCACGCUAAGUUGGCGGCUAUGCAAAAUCCCCCAGCAGGUACCGAGGGUUAUGUUCCAGUACCAAUCAAACCCAACACCAAACUGAGUGCCACCACCAUUUCAUCUGCUCUGAACGCACAUGGAUUCAAUGGUGUGUCCAAUGGCAGCUCAACUCCAACUCCGGCACCAGCUCCAGCACCGGUUGCAAAUCCUUUAGCAACAUCAGCAGCAAAUACAGUAGCUCAAGCACCGCUUGCGGAAAUUAUUAAACAAGACAACACCACAGCGAAUAUGGCAGCGACUUUUGAGAAUAAUGAUCAAUCGAUUUACGGGCAGAUCAAUACCAAUGCCGCGAAUAUAGCUCAGCCGUCGUUUUCUGCAUCAGGUGAUCAACCAUUCGAAUAUGUCACACUGACUGGGAAUGUGAUUCGUAGUGUAGUGCCGCCUGGUAAGGGUGGAAGCAUCAACUAUAAGGUUAAUCAAGGUUAUGCACGUCCAUUCGGUGCUGCCCCACCAUCAGCUGCACCAAAGUCUCCAAUCUCUUAUCCACCCCAACCCCAACAAUGGGCUUCACCACCGCAACAACAGGCACCAAAACCCGCUAGCAAUCCUUAUGCUACUUUGCCUAGAUCCAAUGUUGGACAACAAGACAUACAAGAAAGCUUGCAACCGCAAUAUGCAGAAGAGUACUGUGAAAUUGAGCAGGAAAUAGUCUUAGCUGAACGCAAGACUCUUACGAACUUAGUUUGGCCCCCACCACAAGAUGAUAGCCACAAUUUACCAACUGCAGCUCCAUUAUAUAUAGCACCACCCGAAACUCAACAUGUAGUUACGAAACCUUUAGAACAACCACCUCCUGUACCACCGGGUUCUGUUGGAGAGAAAUCACAACCUUCAAUGACUGAAUCGAAAACUGAACUAACUGAAGCGCAACAACAACAACAACAACAACAGCAACAACUCUAUUGGCAAAGUCGUUCAGCACCUCAGUUAACAAGUCAAAUACAAACGCAUGAGCUUGAGUCUAGCUCAGAUAGUUAUACUUCUACAAGUACUACGACUACUACAACAUCAGAAGAAUAUCAACGUAUGUAUGCUGCACAAGUUCAAGCUUAUCAAAUGCAGCAAGCCUAUGAGCAAUCAGGUUCGGAAUUAGAUUAUCACAUGGAUUUGGAAGUUGCAGCAAUGCAACAAAAGCAGUGUUGUCUUACAGCCUCGGAACAUAUGUCAGGCCGUCGUAGUGCACAGGAAUGUGUUGUUUCAUUAGCUGCGCCACUGAGCACAUAUAAGCUGGUCGAUUUGGUAAGAGAAGUAACACCUAGUCCUAUUCCUCCACCCAGCACACAAGUUCCAAGGCAUGUUGUAUUUGUUGACGAACCUGAGAUAAAAGAGCUUGAACCGAUCUUAGAGUAUGAAUCAAUUGAAAAAGUUCAGAAAAAAAUAGAGUUAGAAUCUCAGUCAUUACGUGAAGAUUUACAAAAGGUUGAAGAAAUGGAGCCAGCAGAUUAUAGUACCACAAUUAUUGAAAAUGAAAAAGAUGAAUUAGUGAUAUCAAAUCGAAAUCAAAUACUUGAGAGUGAACGUAUAUUUCAACCCACACCAGAAAUCAAAAUUGAAAUAGCUCCCGUUCGUCAAAUACCCCCUACUAAAAUACCAAACCCCACACCCAAACAAUGGAUUAACCCUAUGGUUCGUGCAUUAACAACGGCUCCAGAAGUGCCUUUUCACCUAACUGAAUGUCUCUGUCCAAAGCCAUGCGAUUGUUCCUUCGAAAUUCAAACUAAAACAGAUGAUCAAUCACAUGGAAAUACUGUUAGUCCACCAAAAACUCCCCCAAUAUCAAAAGUUGAGGAAAGACCCCCAUCGCCCAAACUAGCAGAACCAAGUAUUUUGCAAGAAUCUCCCUUGCAAGGUUCUUAUUUAACGAAUGCAAUUUCCAUCGCGCCUGAAUUUAGUAUAAAUUUAGCACCAACUGUUCCUCAACCAAUUUCACUGCCUGAAGAAACUGAACCAUAUAUGCCACCCCCUAUUGACUUAAAACCAUACAUGCGGGAAGAUUACCGACCUAAAUCACCUUUUUUAAGUGCCCUAACAGUAGCGCCCGAGAAAUCUUUUGAAGGACAAUUUGAACGAGAUGUGCCAAUCCACGUCAUUGAUUUACCUACACCCAAAGAACAUUUAACUAUGUCCGAUGCACUACGCAUUGCUCCUCAGCGCUCCUACACUCCCUUAAAUCCUGAAAAUGCAACUCAUAUGUUUGAAGAGCAAGAAAAGAAAAAAGAAAAGAAAAAAUAUGAAUUUCAGGUUUUAGACAACGACCUUGAAAGCGAUCCAAACUACAAUAACGGCGAGAAUGUUCAAUACUAUACCACAGAUAAACAGGAAAGAGGUCAACGCAAAUCUUCAGCAUUUGCGGCAAUGCAAGCAUUCCAACCAUCCCGUGAACCUUUAACUCCAAGUACUCCACGAAACUCUAUUAUAUCCUUAUCCCAGAAUGAAACCGACCUUGACUACGCGAAUUAUUGUAAAGCAAAGGAACGUAAUGAAAAGAGGUUAAAUUAUUUGCACAAACUGGAAGAAAACUUACAACAAACCGAACCAAUCAGCACACAAUCAAAUACAUGUAAAGAGUCCUUAAUAUCUUCCUGUACCAAAGCAACUUCUUCCACAAACUCCUCUUCCACAGUCCAACAAUUGUCCACUACAUAUGCCUCAAAUACAACUCAAGCUUCCCAAUCUGCUUACGCCACGCACUAUGGGAGCCAUGCUUUAAGCUCGGGAAGAUUCGAUGAGCAAGAACUAAUUGCAGAGACAGUUGAAGAGCUUGAGCACUCAGAUGUUCUAUUUCCACCACCGUCCCCGCUUAGUCACCUCAAAAAUAAACCAGUUUCAUCUGGC